UGCUCCUUGCAGCGCACCGCUCAGGCUCGGUACCUCUCCCUCAGCGCAGACUGCUCCUUCCCCCACUCGCGCUCAGGCUCGGUCCAAGGUUCGGAUCUUCCGCGCGUCGGCGGCGUCCAGCGACGGAGGGGCAGUCCCAGGCUCGGCGGCGGCGUCGGCGGCUCCCCCCACCUUCUCUCGCCAGUCGCCUCGCGCCCUCUCCUGCGUCCUCCGCGCACCGGCAGACGACCCUGCGUACGCACCUCCCUCUCCCCUCCCGCCGCUGCUGUUCCCGUGGGAGCCCGGCCAGCUGCCCAGGGUGGCCGGACCUUGGCUCCGCCGGUGCCAAUUGGCUUUGCAGGCAUUGAUUUGCAUCUACAAUGUCUCAACUUGGCACAUGCUCAUUGCCAGGAGCUGCAACCUAUGGCACUUCAAUUAGGAGAUUUGGAGGUUCGAAAUUUCAGCAGCCUAAAGCUAAUCACAUCUCAUUUGGUCAGAAAGUAUCUGCUAAAGCAACAUUGAGAAUUAUGAGAUGCAACGCUACUCAAACUCAAACACAAAGCGUCCAAAAGAAAUCUUCAAGUGCAACUCUGCAACGUGAUAAGAAAGGGAAAGUCCAGGGGCCAAAACUGGAUGACGGGAGCGGCGGGUUCCCUCCAUUCCGCUUCGGCAAAGGUGGGGGUGGGGGUGGAGGCGGCGGAGGUGGCAGCAACUACUUUGGCGGAUUCCUUCUCUUCUCAUGCGUGUUGCUCUUAGACUACCUGAAGGAAUUCGAGAAGUACUUGCUUGCUCAGAGGCACCGAGCUGGAGAUGAUGGCGGCAAUGGGCUGCUGCAGGCAUGAUUUGCCUUUCGGCAGUCUCACUAGCACUAGCUACUGGUUUCUGAUGUGAAGAGUGCUUCAUGUGACUCUGGCUUAAAUCCAACUGCGGCGAUCAUACAAUGCAAGUGCAAUUGAUUGUACUGGGAACUUUCACUGCAGCUUGCUCUGCCAUUUUAUCCGUGUGGUGUCCAGUACUGUGGAAAUCGCUUGCCUCAUUCCCUUGAACUUUCACACCUUGUCUCGAGCAAGGUUCAUUGGAACACACAGUGGUCAAAACUUCAGGCUCUUCGCUGGAAACUUUUUUUUUUUUUGUUGUUGGUCACAAUAAGUAGAACACCUUCCUGGGAUGUUAGAAAGUUCAUUCCAUAUGUAUGUCUAAUCCAUCAGUUAUUAAAGGUAAAAGGACACUAUAAUUCAUCUGUUUGAGUAA